AUGCAGACAGUAGUCCAGCCCUCUCACGAAGCGGUCGAGGUUGCUCACAAGACCAGUGAGAAGAACAAAUUCGGCGAUGAGACCAUCGAGGUAGACUCCAUCACCACCCGUGAUGGUGAUACUGUUCGCAAACUUCAACCCAGACAUGUUGCCCUCAUCGGUAUCGGUGGUACCAUCGGAACCGCCUUGUUCGUUGCCAUUGGCUCUGCAUUGACGGCUGGCGGCCCGGCCAGUUUGUUGAUUGCUUUCAUCAUCUGGUCGAGUGUUAUCUGGGGAGUCAACAAUGCCAUGAGCGAAAUGGUCACCUGGUUGCCCAUCAAUUCUGGAUUCAUUCGUUUGGCUGGUAGAUUUGUCGACGAGGCCCUCGGUGUUGCAGCUGGCUGGAACUUUUUCGUCUGCGAGGCUGCACUCGUGGCUUUCGAAGUGACAGCCUGUUGUGUUAUCGUCCGGUUCUGGGAUGUGGAUGGCUCUAUCCACAAAGCUGUCUGGAUCGCCAUCAUUCUCGCUCUUUACAGUCUCUUGAACUUGAUCACUGUUGAAUACUACGGAGAAAGCGAGUUCUGGUUCGCAAUUGGCAAAGUGCUUUUGAUCACUGCUCUUAUUUGCAUGACCUUUGUUCUGAUGGUCGGUGGAAACCCCAAGGGAGAUGCAUUCGGCUUCCGUUACUGGAAGAAUCCAGGUGCCUUUGCGGAGUACAUUGAGAAGGGGUCGAUGGGUCGAUUCCUCGGCUUCUUCCAGUGCUUGGUCACUGCCUCUUUCGUUAUUGCUGGUCCCGAUUAUCUUUCCAUGGCUGCUGGUGAAGCCAUCAACCCACGCAAAACCAUGCCCGAGGCCUACCGCGUCGUCUUUGCCCGUCUCGUGGCAUUCUUCGUGCUUGGCUCGCUCGCUGUUGGCAUCAUUGUGCCUUACAACGACCCCUCCCUCCUCAAAGCUAUUGGCGACGGCAAGCCUGGUGCAGCCAAGUCGCCAUAUGUCAUUGCCCUGACUCGUCUCGAAGUCCCGGUUCUUCCGCAUAUCAUCAACGCCGCCGUCUUGCUCUCCGCCUUCUCUGCAGGAAACUCUUACGUGUUUUGCGCUUCUAGGACGCUCUACGGUCUUUCUCUGGAAGGCAAGGCCCCUCGCAUCUUCACCAAGUGCUCGAAACGCGGUGUUCCAUACAAUUCGGUCAUUAUGGUUUUGGCCAUUGGUCUGCUUGCCUUCCUGUCGGUCAGCAAGAACGCCAACAUUGUCCUGACCUGGUUCGUCAGCAUUGUUACCUCUUCGCAGCUCAUCAACUUUGCCAUCAUGACCUUCACCUACCUGCGUUUCUACAAGGCAAUGGAGGUCCAGGGCAUCUCUCGUUCAGAGCUUCCUUACAGGUCUCGUUUCAACCCUUACACGGCCUACUACUCCCUGACAGCCAUCACUUUGAUGAUCUUCCUCCAAGGAUACUCUGUCUUCAUCAAGGGUCAGUGGGACGUCUCCAACUUUUUGUUCGCCUACUUCAUGGUCGGUGUCACGCCGGCCAUCUAUCUCGUGUGGAAGCUCGUCAAGAGGACAAAGUGGCUUGCUCUUCGCGAUGUCGACCUCUUCACCGGCAAGAAGGAAAUUGACGAGGACGAGCUCAUGUGGAAGGAGCUUGAGGCUGCUGGCAAGCUCCACCAGGGCAAGGCUCGCAAGGGCUGGAGUCAAAUUCGCAAGUUCCUCUUCUGA